AAGGAAGGGAAAUGAAGGAGUUGAAAAAAAUGGUGGAAGCAUUGAAUAUCGAACAAGGAACGUGUUUCCAGAAAUUUGGCCUUUCUGCCUUUCUCUGUCUCUCUCACUUUCUUUAAUCUUCAAUUCAUCUUUCUCCACUGUGAUUUUUCGUGGGCCUCGCCGUUUCUGUUGAUUUGCAAGCGUUUUCUUCUACCUUUCGCUUGAUUCCUUGCGCUUUUAAUUUGUUGUAACCAACGCCCACAUCAUCUCCACCUUCCAACCAAACCCUGACCGCCAUUAUUGCUCUGACCACCCGUCCACUCGAUUCCCCUUUUUAAUUCUCUGUUUUACUCAGCAUUUCCGGAAGAAACGCCAUCCUCGAUUGCAAUUUUUACUCUGGACCGGAAUGGAUGAGGAAUUGCGUUAGCGGAAUUUCUACAGAGGAGGUAAUAUUUUGGGGAAAACGCCGAUGGCGAAUGCUACAAGAACGAUUACCUGAGAAUAUUACGAUCAACUAAUUCUAGAGCUUUAGAACGACCGUUAUCUGCUUGAGACAUCCUUAACGAAAAUGUUCGAAGACAAUAACAACAAUGCUGCACCAGCCCCGCCGUUUCUCAAUAGUCCGUUUCAGUAUCCUACGAAUGUGUCAAAUCAGCUUCAGUUAUGCGAAAAUUUGCCGGCUGAAUUUCAUUCGAAUCCCGUAAACUAUCUAGCGAACAAUAACAGCACGCCGUUUCUACUGCCAAAUAAACGCAGCCGGGACAUUGAAUCUGUUCCGAGGCAGCAGCUUCUUCCAUUGAAUAACGAAACAUUCAACAAUGGUGCCAACAGCCGAAAAUCGAGCAUUUUCAGUCAGAAUCCCGUCUUCACUGGUUUAAGACUCGCUUGUGACGACGACAGACCCGACUCGUUUCUUACUUCGACGGUUCUUUCUUCCGAAAUCCGAAGAGAACUCAAUCAACACAACGAUGAAUUCAAUCGAUUUAUCCGAUCCCAGGAGGAGAAUAUGGUGAAAGGACUGAGGGACAUUCGGCGAAGACAUACGAUCUCGUUACUCUCAACGCUCGAGAGAAGCAUUUUAAGGAAGCUGCAAGAAAAGGAGGUUCAAUUGGAGACGGCGACUCGGAAGAAUAAAGAGCUUAUGGACACUAUGAGGCGGGCGACGAACGAGGUCCAGAAUUGGCACUACGUGGCGAAGUACAACGAGUCCGUCGUCAAUGUCCUGAAAACCAAUCUUCAGCAAGCGAUGCAGAAUUCUGGCCAAGGUCAAGAAGGGUUCGGCGAGUGCGACGCCGAGGAUGCCGUCUCUUGCGUCGAUCCCAAUAAUUACCUCAGCUCCGCCGCCGCAGCUGACGGAGCCGGAAGAUCGAACCCGGGUAACAAAUCAAUGAUCUGCCGGUGUUGCCAAUCGAGGAAGGCGGCAGUGCUGCUGAUGCCGUGCCGGCAUCUCUGUGUGUGCGUCGAAUGCGAGAGCUUUGUCAGCAUUUGCCCGGUCUGCAAGAUGAUCAAAUCUUCGAGCUACGACGUGUACUUAUCUUAAACAUCGGCAGCUUAUAUAUAUAUAUAUAUAUCGAUAUCGAUAUAUCUAUAGAUACAAAUGACAUAUUGUUUUUCUAAUUUAUUGUUUUUAUUUGAGAAUUUGAAAAAAAAUUAAACUCCGAAGUUUUUUUGGUUACUUGCCGG